CUUCGAAUUCCAAGUUGUCAACACACAUCUCGUCAAAUUCCACCGAACAAUAAGCUUCUUCUUAUUAGUCAUUAACUAUACCUUUGUGAAAACGUCAAUAAUAGCGAUAUCGUGCAAUGGCUCUUAGCUGACAACACCAAGUACCGUUAAAACCCAACCGAAAUCAACAUGUCUCUACCUUCUACGAACUCCAAUGGCCAAUCUUCCAUCCGGAAUUUCUUCCAGCCCAAAUCGCCAACUUACGCUCCGCCCCCCGCCCUGUCAGGUACUAGCAGCAAGCCAGCUCCGCCGCCACCAGCCGCUCGUCCGCCCCCAAUAACCGGACAGAAUGGACCGAAAUCUCCAUCUCCGGCAACCACCACGAGCAUACCGCCACCAAGGCCGUCAUCCCUCCACCCCCAAGCGGUCAUAUCUCCCAUCCUACCCGACCACAUCCCGGCCCUACGUCGUAUAACCUCGCUCCUCCUCCCGGUAAACUACCCCGACUCCUUCUACCAACGGCUCUCCGACCCCCUCACAUCCGGCACCUUCAGCCGCGUCCUCCUAUGGACCGACCCCUCCGACACGAACGGCACCCCAAAAGUAAUCGGCGGACUAGUCUGCCGUCCCGAACCCUCCCCCUUCACCCCUUCAUCCGCGCCACACAAGCCGAACGCGCUAUACAUCCAAUCGCUAGUCCUCCUCUCGCCCUACCGAUCCCUCGGUCUCGCCGCCGCCUUACUCGACGAAAUAGCCCAAGCAGCAGCGAUCAGCGAGUGGGCAUGUGAAGAAGUAUACGCGCACGUGUGGACAGACAACGACGACGGGCUGCGAUGGUAUCUAGCGCGGGGCUUCAACAAACACGGCGAGGUGCGGGGGUACUACUUCAAGCUGAAGCCCGACAGCGCGUGGAUAGUGCGGCGGCCCAUCACCCUCUCCUCCCCUCACUCUACUCCUUCCAGCACCACGCAUUCGCUCAAUUCAAUCCUCCCUCCAAUCCCGCCCAGCACCACAACAGCCGCAGCCAACCUCCCCCUCCUCGCCCCUAAACCCAGUGUGCUAUCCCCUCCUCCCCCGCGCAGCUCCGGUCCCUCGCCCAACCGCACCCCAGCCAGCACGCCUGGGAUCUCGUUCCAGAACGCGCGGCCGCAGACGGAGUGGAAUGACUUGCCGGCGGAUAUGCACGCUCCUGUCCCUAAUGGUGGUAGUGGUGGUGGUAGCGCGCCGGGGAGCAGCGCGGCGAGCUCGAGGAGUAGUUCGACGGCGCCGCGGAAGAAGCGGGAUCGGGCUUAUCCGGCGGCUGCUUUUGGGAAGUGAGGAUGGGUUUGUGUGGUUAGAUGGGAGAUUGGGGGAACAGGUGGUGGUGAUUUAGAGAGUGGUUUGGAGUGGUUGAUGGUGGGGGAAGUGUUUGGAUAGGGGGAUGGAGGGGAAGCGUACGCCGCACCCAACUAUUGAAGAUAAAAUCGAAAUGGAUCACGAGUUUGACGAAACAAGACGGUACUGGGUGGGACAAGGUCAGACAAAAGAGGCGGCAUUACAUUAAAAUAAAUAUUUCUAAUCCGGGGUAGACUAGUCGAGGCUGUUCGCGACAGUAGGGGAGCGAACUGUACCGUUUCAAAGAAAAGAGUCGAGGGGGUAAAAUGGCACUCCUGAGUAAAUAGAUGCGUAGUGUUAAUACAUUAUUAAUUUGUAAAUAA